AUGACCUACAAUGGCAGACGGGGUCCGAACGUCAGCGAGUACAUCGCCAACCUGAAUGCGAUCCCGACGGCACAGGACCUCUCGAACCAAGACAGCUUUGUGGAUGAUGAUCUGGCGCUUUUCACGAACACACAAUUCUUCGACUUUGAUCUGGGACAGGAUGUGGAUUUGCAGGCUGGGGGCUUUGCGGAUGGUCAACCGGCGCCCGCUACGGACAGCUUUGACGUUGAUGUGAAAGCACUGGAUUUUGCUUCAGGCGAUUUCCCGUUCAAUGACUUCAACCAAUUCCCCGGCAGCUUCACCGACCCCGGCCACACUCCCCUCCAACCCGGCCAAGCUCUCUACGCAUCGUCACCUGCUGCGGGAUCUCCAACAUCUGUAGUAGCCCCGUCUAGCACAAAGCGCAAGUCGGAUUCUAUUUCGACAUCCCCAUCCGAUGCACAAUCCUUCGAAGAAGCAUCCCGCCUUGCUGCUGAAGAAGACAAGCGACGACGCAACACUGCUGCCUCAGCACGAUUCCGGGUCAAGAAGAAGCAAAGAGAACAAGCUCUGGAGCGGUCUGCGAAGGAAAUGAGUGAUAAGGUUGCUGCGUUGGAAGGACGGAUAAACCAAUUGGAGACAGAAAACAAGUGGCUGAAGAACCUGAUUACCGAAAAGAACGAUUCGAAAGAGGAUAUCGCUGCGCUAUGGAAGAAGUUCAACGCUGAGAACGAGCAAAGGAAAGGCUCUGAGCGGAAGAGCGGCGUUGGUACCAAGCCGUGA